AUGCUGAAGAGGAUCAAACUUUGUCAUUCAAGACAGCUAGUUGAUAUUCAAGAACUUCAAAAUGCUCUAAACGUUGAGGUACUUGAUCUCCAAGGUUGUACAAGACUACAAAGAUUUAUAGAUACAAGCCGCUUUCAUCAUCUCCGGGUGAUAAAUCUAUCUGGUUGCACAAAGAUCAAAAGUUUCCCAAAGGUUCCACCUAAUAUUGAGGAGUUGUAUCUCAAACAAACUGGCAUAAGAUCAAUACCAAGUGUGACCCUCUCUUCAAAGGAUAACUCAUUUACUUAUGAUCAUGGAGGUCACAAAUUCUUGGAUAUGGAUGACUCGUCUGAGUCAAUCAUGGUUUAUUUGGAAAACCUCAAAGUUCUUGAUCUGUCUCAUUGCGUAGAUCUUGAGGAUAUUCAGGUUAUCCCAAAGAAUCUUAAUAAGCUAUACCUUGGUGGCACAAGCAUUCAAGAACUGCCUUCCCUCGUGCAUCUCUCUGAACUUGUGGUACUAGAUUUGGAGAACUGCGUACAGCUUCAGAAGAUACCAUUGAGAUUGAGUACUCUGACUUCUCUUACCGUUCUUAAUCUCUCUGGAUGCUCAGAGCUUGAAGACAUUGGAGAUCUCAACCUCCCAAGAAACUUAGAAGAGUUAUAUCUUGCUGGCACGGCUAUACAAGAAGUUCCCUCGUCAAUCAAGUAUCUCUCAGAACUUGCAUAUUAG